CGAUAAAGGCAGAGGCAGACCACUACAAGGACUUGGUAUGAAGGGGAAUGAGGAGACGAGACUUCGCUCUCUAUAAGGAGUAUGCCACUGAUAGGUGUCCUAAUAUCAAGGAUCACCCCUGGUCGGAGAAGAAUGAAGCCGUGACCGAGGAAGUGAAGGAGAUAAGGGACAUGGUAAAGGGAUUGACAAGACAGGUUACAGAGAUUGUGACCAGCACAGGAGCCACAUCUUACUGGGACAAACCUGGAGGGCCCUAUUCACUUCGCUGGGACCGUAGGAACACUGAUUCCUGGAGGAGUGUCGAGGAUAAAAAUCCUCGAACGCUGACUGAUUAUCGUGCGAGGGAGAGGGAAAGAGACGAUGAGCCAUGGCGACGUAGGGAUGAUGAGAUAGACUGGGACCGCAGGGCUCGCAAGACGUAUGGACGAGCUAGAAGACUGAAUGAUUACUCGCGUAGCCCUCGUUAUGAGGCUGAUUGGGGUAGAGGCGACUCUCGAGGUCGGUGGGAGUCGGAUCAGGGCCGACGAGACGGAUACAGGGACGGCAGAUAUGAGAGGUCGGACCGAGAUGGAUACAGGGACGACAGAUAUGAGAGGUCGAAUCGAGAUGGAUACAAGGGUGGCAGAUAUGAGAGAGGAGAUCGAGACGAAGAUCGACGAGAUGGCUUGCGCGGACGGUAUGACCACGGGGGAUUCGUGAGAGCGCAACGUGACGAUUCGCGGGGGUGGUACGACCGAGGAGAUCGACGCGAUGAGUCACGCGGGCUAUAUGACCAUGGAGACCGCCGGAAUGACUCACGGGGACGAUAUGAGCAAGGAGGGUCUGGACAAGACCGCCGAAAUGAUUCGCGCGGACGGAAUGAGAGAGGGGGAUAUGGCGCGUCAUCUGAUCCGUAUCCGAAGUCCCCUGAUCCCAGAGCAGCCAGAGGUUCGAUCUCUAGGAGCACAGACGACAGCCCAUCCACUCCCAGGAACUCUUGCGUCUACUGUAGAGGAGAUGAUCAUAUCAAGAGAGACUGCCCGGAUCUCAAACGGGCAAUAGAUGAGGGACUUGUCGUGCUUGAUGACCGCAAGUACGUCAAGUGGGCAGAUGAUCUGGGAGACGUAUCAAUGUUCCCUUCGGUGAAGGAGAAUGUAGAAGCAAGGAGAGUAAAGCCGAGUAAAGGAAAGGAGCCGGUUAGGAGUCAGAGCAUCAAGAUAACUUUCGAAGGAGAUAUGGCAACUACACCCAUAAGGGUGACAGCUACCAAGUCAGCAAGAGUUUCAACAUCGAGGAAGACUGACACGGAUUAUGUGAUGGCAGAAAAGGAUGGACAGCGGAUCGAUGGAGAGGAGGUUAUUCUUUCAUCACGAAAGCAGGGAGUGAAAAAGUUCUUGAUGAAGAGUUCGCUGGAUGAUAUUGCUACGUUCGAGCCACUGAGACGGGUCCUUCCGCAGCCCAUGCAGUGCUCUAUUCUAGAAUAUCUGGCAGCAUUCAAGCCGGCACGCGACGAGUUACAGAUGAUCAUGUGAAAGACUCGCAUACCUCUAUCGGAGGAGGUUUAUGUGACCCUUAAGGCG